CCUUCCCCGCCAGCAGGAGCCCGCCCGCCCGCCUCCGCUUCCGUCCUGGGCGCGGCUCUGGCGGCGCGAGUGAAGCACGCUGCAGGCGGCGGCUACAGGAGCAGCGGCGGGCCGGCGAUCUCUCACCACCCAUCGCCAGGUUGCUUCAUUUUAUUUCCUCUCGUAUUUAUGUACCACAUCGAUAAAGAUGCCUGAAGAAAAUCAAACUCGGUGGAGAUACAAGGAACUGCAGAUGCUGGAAUCUUGAACAAGACGCAAAGAGCUGGAGGAACUCAAAACGGGUCAGGCAGCAUCUGUAGAGGGAAUCAUAGGCGACGUUUCGGAUUGGAACCCUUCUUCAGAUUCGAUCCUGAACCUGCCUAGUGUUUCCAUCAAUACCUGCUUUAGCAUCGAAGAGGAGCAAGUAACUAAUUGUUCGGGCAUUGUUUGAGUCGAUUAACUAUGGAUCUGCUAAGGAAAGAAAUAUCUGAACUGUGCCUUGCUCAUCCUGAAGGUUUUCCACUGAGCCAGCUCUCCAGUCUUUACCUGCAGAUGUAUGAGAGACCAUUGCAACUGUCGGAUUAUGGGCUGCAGUCUGUAUUAAGCAUGCUGGGAUACAUGGAGAGCGUGAUCAGCCAGCAUUUUGAUGGGCAAAACUUAAUAAUUAAACCGGCAGCUAAGAAAGGAUCAAUAAAGUACGGUUGUCCCCCAAUCAGCAUGUCAGAAACUGUGUCUCUGGCAAACCAGCCUCGAAUCCAAAAGCCGGCACCAAAACUUCAACCGGGUAAUAAGUUAUCAGAGAUUCGCAAAGAAGUCCUGGACUUGCUUAAAGUUCAGGUGCAAGGUAUUCCAGCGCGGAGAUUAGCUUUGGUGUACAAGAGAUUUUAUAAACGACCCAUCCAACUGGACACGUGUGGAUUGAAAUCUGUUCACGAGUUGCUUCACAUUAUGAGGAAAGAGGUGUAUGUUCAACCAACGGGAAAUAAGUGCCGUGUUUUCAAGAAUAAACAGCUAGCAGUUAAAUUGAUGGAGGAACUGCGAAGCCAGUUAUUGGAACUCUUUGUGACUGAGCCUGAUGGCAUUCGUGAAGCCACUUUACCUGAAUGCUACCGCAAGAAAUACAAGCGGAAACUAAAAGCGGGGACUUACGGAUACACUAACCUAAAGGAACUACUGAAGUCCAUGGAUGAUGUGCUUGAAGUGGUCCAAGUGCCAGGAUUAGGCAACGUGUACAGAUUAAAGUCCACUCAAGCCUGUGCGGUGUCGAAAGGUGAAGAGGACAAAAUUAAAGUAAGGUUGGCAGCAACUACACUGCCUGCUGGUGUGAAGAGCGCGGAGACUGUGUUCAAAAACUUCUCUGGUCCUCAGAUGUUUCCUCCACCAUCACAGCCGCAAGCUCCAGCUGCCAUGCUUGGAUUGCCGACUUUUCCAACCAGUAACCAGUACCCGGUUUGUACACCAGCAGGCCAACUCACAUUUGUUUCCUCAAAAUACCAAGCAGCAUUGCCAUCUCAGACAGCAAUGCCGUUGCAGAGCUGCUCUGAACGAGGUGCAAGACCAAAAAAUGGGAAGGAGGAGGAGACAGCAAUGAAAAACCCUUUAUCCACAUCCAAUUUUGUCCACACUGCCCCAAGCGGUAAAGCAAACCCUGAAGGGCAGCCAGUUGCUUCAUUCACAUUUGCUCAAAAUGGUGGUGGUUCAGUCUGGGUAGGGCAGCGUUCAGCCUCCCCGGCACGGUCAUUGGUGUCACAAGAUGACUUUCCUACAUUGAGCAAAAAUGUGCCAAAAGAGAAACUGAGACAGCUAAAGGAGGAGGAGCUGGCGAAGAAAAGGUCGAUACAUCGAUAUCCCCAAAAUUACUAUGCGCAAGUGAGGGAGGAGCAUAAUUCUGUCAUGCAGGAACGUGAAACAUUGGCCUCUGACAAUCUUGUACAACGUCGAAACAUGCAAGUCAAUUUGGAAGAUGUGAACAAACGAGUUGAAGAGUUUAUUCGUGCUUUAGCUGCUGAGAGGGAAUAUGUAACGGAAGAGAAGGUUGUGAAUAGAGUUUGCAAAUACUUCAGGGUAUCGCACUUGAAAGACCUUGGCAUCUGGCAUCCGAUUAAACUGCCGGCCAUUCGAGAGCUUCGACAAACACAACGUGAGAUCGUCACUUUUAUUGAGGCCUUUGAGGGCAUCAGAUGCAUCUGCACUCUCUACGAAUUGAGCCAGUGCCUGGCAGCACUGAAGAACAAGAAAAACUUUGAGGAACUGAACCUUGGGCCUUUAUGCAAGCACCCUCAUGUGCACAGGAUUUUCAAAGUGCCUCCGUCGAUGAAGGAUGAAGAUAUAUUUGAAAUUGAGACUGUGGAUAUUUUACAGAGCCUCAAUACGUAUAGAAGAUCCAAGAGAGGAUGUAAAAUAGAUUUGGCCGAAUUUAUCAAAUACUUAGCUGAUGGUUAUCACUGCGAUUCACCGUACGAUCUUGGAAUCAGAAUUACCAGCAUCGGUCUCUCAAUAUCAACAUUGUCAAAAUCAGCGGGCAGUGAACGUGGCGCAAUGGAAAAUGCAAGGACUCGCAUUGAGAGCGAGAUAGAGGAGGAAGUUCGAAGCCGGAUGCACAAGGUUAAGAAGAAUCUCCUCGACCCCGCCAGUGGGCCACAGCUGUACUCCACUUCAGGGUGCCUGGACCUCCGUAAGCAGUACGCCUCAAACACAGCGGCCGAGGCCGUUCUCCAGGUCUUCAGUAAUGCUUCUGAGGUUUUCGGCGGAAGAAUGACCAAGUCUAUUCAGGAGUUCCUGGUGAAGGUGGGAGAUAAUCGUUUGGCCCGAUCACUCUUUCAACUCGCCAUUUGCUGUGGUUCAUUGGACAUUCCUCAGGACUUGGUGGCCAAAGAGAAAGUGAGUAAAGCAGCUGUCAACGGAGCGGGAGACAGGGAAGCUCCACCCCCCAGUGAAGGAUCUGUACGAAAAUAUUUGCAGACCAAUCUCUCUUCUGUUACUGGAUAUUUGAGUCUGGUCUAUUUAUCUCGGCUGGAGAAAAAGUUGGUUGAGCAUUUCAAGUUGAAGGGCUUUGUUGCCAUAGGACAUGGCACUUUCCUCGAGUAUCUGGUGAAACAUUCACAGCUACUGGAAGAAGCUGCCGGCGGCAGUGUGUUUUUACAGCCACAAGAGGCCAGAAAUUGUGGAUUUCGACCAAGCCAUCAGGACGUGUACGAGUUCAUCAGGCAAUGUGGAACCCUUGAAGAGUCCAUGUUUCCAGCAAUUGAAGCUGCUCUCAGAAGCCAGUAUAAGGUGAAGGACAGCAAGGAACUCGGGCAUGGGGCAUUGCCCAACAUGAUCAAAAUGGUGCAAUGUCGAGCCAAACUGAACACUGACCACAAUAGCAGCCAAAGCUUAGUGCUGUACGAAGCCACUUUCUUUGUUCAAGAACCCAGUUACUGCAUCACUGAAACAAAUAAUUGCGUGGGGUUGCUUGGGGAGCUGAGUAAGGAGCAGGCCUUGACUUGUCUGUUGAAUGCCCCCCUGCUGGAGAAUCUGUCCCAAUGGUCAGAGUGGGAGCUGGUAUUUGAGCCCCAGCAUGGUUCACUGAAGGACUUCAUCGAAAGACACUGUGGAGAGAAAGCAACUCAGCUCAGUGUGGAAGGUUUGCCUGUGCUGAACGACCUGAUUGCCAUAGAAAUCAAGCCAGGGGUCCUGCUGAGACUCACCACGGAUACAAGCCCUGAGCUCUUUGCUCAAGCUGUGAAGUCCCAUGACCCCAUCGGGACAGCGGGACAUUUGGUUUCCAUUGUUACCGCCGAUGGACUAAGAAAUGCCCCCUUGGCCUUGCUCGCUAAUCAUGUGGAAUCUGCUCUGGCAACUUUGGGAAGCUCAGAAGGAAGCUACUUGGGGGCUGAGAGGCUAUCAUCAGACCAAUCGGCCAAAUUUAUUAUCGAUUGUCUUGUCAGGAUUCCAAUAAGACUGUGUAAAUCACUUUUGCAGAAGGUUUUCCUGGAACCGUUUUCCAGAAUAGUUGGGCAAUGUGAAUCUAAAGAGCUUCUACUCCAAACCGCAAAAUGUUCUCUCUGGAAUCUGAACCGACUGCAUGAACUGGGAAUUCUCCUUGGGAUCACGGAAUGGAGGAGAGACUAUCAAUCCAAGUUGGAUCCCACAAAGCUCAGGCCCAUUGCUUCAAAAACCGUUAGGACUGUAGAUUCCGCUUCGCUAAGUAGCAGGUCUUCAUGUGUGGGUCUGAGUGAUGAUGAGGAUGUGAAUAUACCUGUGUCUGAAUCGGAGAUUGAUGCUGAAAGCAAUUGUGCCAGUUCAGUUGCGGAUGAUGAUGAUGAUGAUAAGUUUGUGCUUGCUGACGAACCAGAUGACUUGCCGACAACUGAUGAGAAACCAUCUGAGCUGACGGAUGAUGCUACUGCUCAGAAUGGUGUUCCAUCUGAUGCUGAUGAUCGCUCUAGUGGCGAGGAAUGCUCAGUUGAGGCCAUUAAUGAGGAACACAGCCAGUACAAGUCGAUCAUUGAUGAUAUCAGGAAAAAUGAAUUUGGUAUCGGGAUUGAACUGAAUGAGGAGGGGAAGAGGCUAAUGCAAAUACAUCAGAACCGAUUAGGCCGAAGCCUGACGCGCUUAUCUACUGAGCUGUACAGUAAAGACACUCACUUUGUCCUGGAACUGAUACAGAAUGCUGAUGAUAACAAAUACCCAACAUUUGAUGGUGAAGCAGCUCCCAGCCUGCUGUUCGUGGUGGAACGAGACUGCAUCAUUCUCCUCAAUAAUGAAUGCGGUUUUGAGGAGAAGAACAUCCGAGCCAUCUGUGAUGUCGGCUGCAGCACCAAGGGGAAGCAUAAGUACGGCUACAUAGGUCAGAAAGGCAUUGGAUUUAAGUCGGUUUUCAAAGUUACCGACAGGCCAGAAAUCCACUCUAAUGGUUUCCACAUCUGUUUCGACAAGCUGAGUGGCCCAAUGGGAUACAUCCUUCCUCACUGGGCCGAGGAUCAACGGCCUGUGGAGUUAACGGGGUCAGAGGCAGAGAAAGCAAGGUGGACAACAAAGAUCGUUCUUCCACUCAAGCCACAGAACCAGCAAAUGCAAAAUUUAUUCCACGACAUCGACCCUUCGCUGCUCUUGUUCCUGCACAGACUCCGUUCCAUUACAAUCAUUAACAAGGUAAAGGGUCAGGAUUUUCUGGUGACGCGGAAGGACCUUGCUAACAACAUCUUGGAGGUGAAACACAGGACAGGAGCUGAUCACUGGCUGGUGGUCAAGAGCAUUCUUGAUGCAAGAAAGAUUAAAGACAAUGUGGAAUGCACUGAGCUGGCUCUUGCCUUUAAACUUGUCACUGAGAAGAGGAGCCAGAGACCAAGGAGCCAACCUGAGAAACAGCCCGUCUUUGCCUUCUUGCCCUUGAGGAGCUUUGGGUUCCGCUUCAUCAUACAAGGUGAUUUUGAUAUCCCGUCCUCCCGUGAAGAUAUUGACCGGGACAGUCCAUGGAACCAGUGGCUUCGCUCCGAAAUCCCACUGUUGUUUUUGAAAGCCAUGGAAACAUUCAAUAACCAUCCCAGCUUUGAUGGCCUGGAGGGCCUCUGCCAUUUCCUGCCAUUCAUUCCACUACCAGACGAGAUCUUGGAUUUCUUCCGACCUGUUGCCGGGCAAAUUAUUCAGAUCCUUAAAGCAAAAUCCUGUUUGCCAAUAGCAGAAGACGAAGCCGGCAGGAUUGAAUACAGAUUGCCCUCGCAGAUUGCCAUCACACACGACAUCUUGCUACAAGAGGUGAUCACCGCAGAACUUCUGGAGAAACACCUGAGCUUGGCUUACCUAAACCCAGUGCUUCAGUCUUCUCUCAGUCCGGCCCUGGUCUCUGCACUUGGUAUACACAGGCUCAGCAGCACCGACAUCAUUGCCGUCACCAAAGCCAUUGCCAAGGAGCUUGCAGAGACCAACCCUCCAUUCAAUGAUGGUAUGAUGAAGAAAAUUGCAAAGUUACUGGUGUGCAACUAUCGUAGCCUUGAACAAGAGUACGGGAACUUGGACCAAUUCAUUGAGGAUCUGAAAUCCGUGCCAAUCAUUCCUCUUGCCGAUGGAAGCAUGGCAGCAUGGAAAGAUCAGGCCAUAUUCUUCCCCCUUUAUGAUAAAGAGAACGAACAGUUUACAAAGCCGACUCCAGGCUUGCAAGACCUCUAUCUGGAUCUAAAGACCAUCCACCCUGACGUGCUUUCAUGCCUUGACAACCUGGGCAACUCACAAGUCCGCAAGCUGCUGGAGAAGAUGGAUGUUCAUUAUCUUCAACCAGACACAGUCAUGCAUGAACACAUACUACCCAUUUUAAAGGACCAGAAAUGGAAGAACAAGCUUCCGGGGGUGGUGAUCAGCUACGGUGUCUUCCUCAAGAUGCACUGGCAGGAAAAUGAGCUGCAGCAGUUCCGACCACACAUCCCCAUCCUCACCAGCAAAGGCUUCGUCUGUCCCUUCUAUGUCAACGUCAACUUUUCACCCGAUUACAAGAACGUCGUUGACUUGCCCGCGGAUCUUCCAGGUGUGGACUGGGUGCUGGUGGACUCUUGUUACCUGAAGACAGACCAGGACUCUGACGCUUGGAGAACGUUCCUCAUUUCACUCGGCGUGCAGGACUCAUUUAUUUUUCAAAAGAGAAAAAUGACCUUCACAAAACAAGAGCUGGCAUCCAGCCCCUGGGCACCUAUAUAUGAAUGUUGGCCCGACACGGCAGAUAAUGUGUACAUCGUGGAAGAUUAUGUCUGCGAGGAGCUUCAUGGGCUCCUAACCACACAGGAUUUGUCCGAAAAGUUAAAACAAACGCAGAGAAUGAACCUACUCAAACUUCUUGACAAAAACUGGGACUCUGGAUCGAGAUUGUCUCAGUUCUGCUCGGCUAGAGUCUUCGAUAGCCAGGAGAAAGUGCUGAGGAACGAUGUCGAUUCUUCCUUUGCAAUUUACCUGAAAACCUUGCCGUGGUUACCCACUGACAGUCCAGCCCCGGAUGGUCCCGGGUUCCACUCUGCCUACCUGCGCCCUAUCGAGGCGUACCUGAGAUCCAAUGAUUUAGUGGAGCUCUUGGCCGACAAUGUUAGCUACGUGUCUUGUGAGCUUCUCGAGAAGAGCACUUUUGCUGCUUUCGCCGGGAUCAAGAGCUCGUUAACUGUGGAAAUGAUGAUCAACCAUUUUAAGUCGUGGUGUGUGAAAACUCCGAGUGAACCCGGGGAUGUGCAGGGAGCAGAGUUUCGAGCCAAGGUUGAUCAUAUUUACAAGGUCUACGCCUACUUCGAAAGGAACUGCAAUCGCAAUCAGCUGAAAGACCUGUUUGAACAAUACCCAGCCGUGUUCAUGCCCAGCAGUGACUUGAAUUGUCCUGGAAAAUUUUUCCAUCAGAAAGAAGUGUGUUGGAAUGAUCCCACUAAAAUUUUCCACCGGUAUAAAUCGCAAAUCCAAGAAGCAAAGGAUUCAUUGCAGGAACCGCAUCUGCUCGCCCCCUUCUAUGGACACAAGGAGGACAUGAAGAAUCUGUUUCUAAAGAGUCUGAAUGUAGAACUAAUCCCAUCUAUGAAGCACUAUGUAGACCUGCUGGUGUUGAUCUGUGGUUCGGUGUCUUUACCCAACACUUCUGUCCUGCAAGAUGUCUCUGUCAUUUAUGCAAUUCUAGCGGAGAAAUGCAAGAAAUACAAUGAAUAUGGUGAUUCAUGGGAACUCAUCAAGGGCCACUGCCAGACACUGAAAGGAAUGAUAAAAGAUGAGAAGAUAUUUCCUGCCAAGGAUAAUCGCUGGGUGUCCCUGGCCAACCACCCCAUCCUACCCGACGAUAAGCACCUGGAGCGGAUGUUUAAAGCCCAGUCUCUGUGUUUUCUGACUCGUCCUGCUGCCGAGAAGUAUCGUUCACAGGCCCGGAACAGUAGCAAGCAAGAGAAUCGAUUUAACGAGGAAGAUCGCAACUUAUUUUUUGAUAUCUGUGGCGUGGUGCAGCUUUCCAGCUGUGUCACUGUGGAAGCUCAGACUGAAGACUUCAGACUCUGCCCUCGUGUCCAAAACUUUGUCCAUUCUAUAAUCCCCUUCAUCCAGAGGUUGUUUUAUCACCACAGCGACUUCAGUGACGUCUACAAAGAGCUGCAGGAUAGUAACAUUGCCGCAUCUCUCAAAUCCAUGGCCUUCUACCAGGUUGGUAAGCUGUAUCUCUACUAUCAGCUGACUUUGCCGGACAAACCACCUGUGUUUGAGCAAGAGAACAUAGAUUGUCACUUGAAGAAUAAGAAGACUUUCUACAUUCAGAAGGAUCACGUCACAUCAUUUAUUGACAUCUGCAGAGAGCUCGUGAAAUUGUUUGAUCUUAACAAGGAACUUGAAAAAGAACUCGAACACUUCUUACAGAGACUCGUCUCCUGCUUGGAGGAUGAAAAUACACUGCAAAGAUUUUUUAAAAAGGAGGACGUUGGUGAAUUGCCAGAAGGUGAAGAGGCAUGGGAGGUUUCAGCGGCCCCUGAGAUAAACAUGGAGCCACGGUUCACAGCAGGUAAAGCAACCGUUCCAGUGCAAGGCCAGAGCGUGAGUGGUGCAGAGGCCCAGAAGAAGAAGGAUGACAGCACAGAUGAAGAACGGACUUUGGGCAGUUGGCCACCAAGAUCAUCCCUCUACGCCUAUCCUGACGCCACGCCCAACAAAGCAGCCGAAACCGUCAUGAAAAUGUGGCCUCCUCCUGCUCCUCCUUCAGACUCUGGCAACGAUGUGCCUUCUGGUAGGCACCAGCUCUCUCCUCUUCCACAGACUGCAGGUGGCCAAGGUAACUUCAUGACCACUGCAGGUCCAAAGCCCAAUGUAGACCAAGCCCAGCACCUGGAGCAUCACAACAACCUGGACCACUCUUCAAACACAGUUCAUGUUGAACGAUCAGCAAACUCGGACCAAAUGAUGGAUUCUGUUCAGACCAAACCCUCUUGCCUGCCCACCACUGAGAACAAUACACUAGACGGCUCAUCAGCUGUUGCCAAGAAUCAUUCAAGCCAUGAAUCAUCGCAGUCGGGACUGGGAAGCAGCAGGAGCCACUUCAAUGGAGCCAACACGUCCCGCCCAGCCCUUCCCCUCGACGUCCCGGUCUGGACCAAGGAGCAGCCGCACGAGGAGGCGCUGGAGGAGCUGAUCAUCCACAGCGCGGUGGGGAAGCCCCAGACGGUGAUCUUCACCGAGGACAAGAUGGAGAACGCGGCCAUCGGGGAGUGGGGCGAGCGCUUUGUGCACGCCUUCCUCAUGCACUGGCAGGGGAGCGAGAGCGAGCUGAGGCCGAGCGCAGUCAGCUGGGUGAACGAGAAGGGCGAGAGCGGGCUGCCCUACGACUUCAAGGUGGUGUUCACCUCGCUGAGCCAGCAACAAGUGGACACCUUCAUCGAAGUUAAAUCCACGGUCAAAGCCGAGAAGAACUAUGUGCAGCUCUCAGCCCAAGAGAUGGACCUGGCAUUGAGAGCCAAAGAUCGCUACCACCUGUAUCGCGUGUACAAGGCGGGCGAUUCGCAGAACGUCAAGCUGUGUCGCAUCAAAAACCUGGCACAGUGCCUGCAUGCAAAGCAGCUGGAAUUAUUCUUGUAUGUAUAAGUCCCACACUGAUUUUAGGUAAGUCAUUCCGCUUAAAAGCUUUUUAAUUGGUUUUAUGUUUUGUAGGUCGACAAUGUAGUGGGCAGAAAUAUCUUGUUUUUAAAGAGUCUUUGACGGAUCACGUUGGUAGAAUGAUGUUUUAACCUGUAUUUCCACACAAAAAAAAAGUCAUGUAUUUGUCGAAUUACUGUGCGAUUUUACUUUUUUAAAAACCUUUUUUAUCAUUGUGCAAAAUCUGUGGUGUUGUGAUAGAAUGACAAUAAUAAUUGCAAUAAAUUAUCUUUACAAAUUUA